AUGCAUGUUGAAUGGCUGAUUCACCACUUGUGUUUCGAUGAAAACUUCUCCAGCGCAGAGAUUGACAUUGACCUUCACGAUGCCGACGUGUGGGAUCGAUUGAUCCGAAGCUUGACGCGGAGCAUAGGACUCGAAGAAUUGAAGAUCACACGAUCGUCAGACUACCAAGUUAGGUCAGAUGAGGAUUUGGAGGACUUGUUUCGAGCCAUCGGCAGCAUGGCACAACUCAACCGGUUAGAGCUAUCAGAAUUUUCAACCUUGGACCUUUCCUCCGGACGAAACACAUUCGAGAAUUUCCUUGGCGUGACAGAUUUGCAGAUUGACAUCUCGGAGGACUCCACCCCUUUGUCAGCUGACGUUGCAAGAAGCAUCGUGUCGAUACCAAAAUUGCGCAACAUUUCCAUUGCCACUCCUUGCAGCUUUGCAGUGUCCAAUCUUUUUUCGCCAAGUAUUGAAAGCAUUUUGGUGGAAGGCUUGUCCGAAUUGACCUUUGACGAUGACAAUUUUCGUCAAUUCGUGGAGGAUCUGGAGAGGGAUAGAGUUAGACAGCUGUCGCGUUUGGAUAUUCUUUGCGUUACAAUCGCCAGUCAUCAAGUGCCUCUUCUUGCCAACAUGUUGAAGCAAAAUUCAACCUUGGUGGAACUGCGCCUAUCAUUGUCCAUCCCAAACGAGAAUGUCGUCAACGAAUGCUGUGAGGAAAUUAUUGAUGCCAUGUCCUACAACACUGUGCUACAAAAGUUUGACAAUUACAAAAGCCGGGACAUCAAAGCAUCGUUGGCAACGAAAAAGGCACAGAACGGAAUGCUCUUUCACAACACCACACUGCGAGAGUUUGGAUUGUUCGGCGAUGAUGCUUUCAAUGAUACCGCUCAAGAGAAAAAUCUUUAUCUCCGCCUGAAUGCAGCUGGCAGGAAACGAUUACUGGAUGUUGGACCCGGUUCCAUCCAUGAUUGGGUAGAGGUGCUUUGUGAUGAAGGCAUCCGAGACAAUCUUCCCUGCCUCUUUUACCUUCUUCGGAUGAAUCCGUCCCUUUGCCAGAGCUAUCGGUACGAGCAAAAAGAUGGAACUGAUGAAACGGUUCACCAACAAUGGGACGAGAACGAAGAAACUAGACAAAGGAAGAAGAUAUGUAAAUAA